AUGAAGAUGGUACAAAAAUCAAUCAAAAAUGGUUCAUCUGAUGAAUCAUCCUCCUUUAGUUCUCAAAAUAAUGACAGCACACCUUCUAUUAAGCCUUCUUUGGUAUAUUCACGUAAUGAUAAGUCAUUGAAAAAAUGCUCGGAUGACUCUUUUUCGCAAAAUCAAACCUAUCAGACCAUUUAUGACAAUUACUCAGAUUUAAUCAACGAGCCUGGAGAAGAAGAAGAAGAAGAAAACAUCUCUAAUCAUUUUGAUAUCUCAAAACAGAGAAGAAACAGUUCAGAUACAAGAUUCAUCUCUGCACAACUCUCCCAGUGGAACUACAAUAAUAAUAAAGCUAUAUUAAAUAGAGUCAUUAAUCAUGUAUUAGAUCUCAUAAACCAAAUUCAAACAGAAAACGAUAAAAGACCUAUCCAUAUUGUAUUAAGUAAUAGUACCGCAGAAAACAAUAUCAAACUUCGUAUACUAGAUUUGAAUAUUAAAAUCGAUGGAACCUAUAACAUUAAUAAUAGCAUAGAUCCAUCUAAUUUUAAUACCAAAGUUAAAGAUAAGAUUAUUAUUACUACUACUACUACUACCACCACUCCUCCUCCUCCUUCUCUUCCUCUUCCCAUUCCUAACCAUAAUAAUAACAAUAGUAACAACAAUAAUAAUUUAUUUGAUUUAGAUAGAAAUGCAUUAUCUAAAUUAUUUAAAUUAAAAUUAACUAAUAUUCAUAAUCACUUAAAAUCUUUACAAGAAAGAGUAGACGACGUCUCUUCAAAAGUGUUUAUCACCGGUGAUGUAAAUACAGGGAAAUCUUCCUUUUGCAACUCUCUGCUAAGAAGAAAAUUAUUGCCUGAAGACCAAUUGCCUUGUACAAAUGUCUUUUGUGAGAUUUUAGAGGCUAGAGAUAACGGUAAUGUUGAAGAGAUUCAUGCUAUUUUAAACGAUAAAUCAAACAACAAAAACAAUUCUACCUUAUUCAAAUAUAGUAUUAAGGAUAAAUCCACUUAUGAAGUUCAUCAAUUAUCCGAAUUGGAUGAUUUAGUACAGAGAAAUGACAAGUAUAAACUUUUAAAAGUUUAUAUCAAAGACGAUAAAAGAGACCCUGAAGAAAGCUUGCUUAGGAACGGUACUGUCGACAUAUCCUUGAUUGAUUCCCCUGGCUUAAAUAUCGAUUCCAUACAAACCGCAGAAGUCAUGACAAAACAAGAAGAGAUCGAUCUUGUCAUUUUUGUGGUCAAUGCAGAGAAUCAAUUGACUUUGUCUGCACAGGAUUUCAUUAAAGUCGCAUCAAGAGAAAAAAAAUUAAUGUUUUUCGUUAUUAAAAAAUUCGAUAAAAUUAAAGAUAAACAAAGAUGUAAGCAACUGAUACUUAAUCAAAUCCAAAAUUUGUCCCCUGAGACUUAUAAAAAUGGGAAGGAUUUCAUUCACUUCCUAGAAAAAGAUCUCGAUCGAUAUCCAUUCAAUACACCAACAAAAGGGAACCCUGAUCCUGAUGAUUCUGAUGAUCCUGAUGAUGGUUGGAAUGAUCCAGAUUUUGAAAAUUUAGAGAAUUCUUUAAGAAAUUUUGUGUUAAAGAAAAGAUCAAUGUCCAAAUUAUUACCUGCAAAGACUUUCCUUCUCAAAAUCUUAAAUGAUUUGGAGAUAAUAUCCAAAUAUAAUAUCGAAAGUCUUAAUGAUGAAACAAAAAAUAUUAAUGAUGAAUUAAAUAAAUUAUUACAAGAUGUGAUAGAUACGAAAUCACAUUAUGACAAAUUUAUUAAAAAAAUUGAUACACUUGUAGAGACCACUAUAACUAAUGUUUAUAAUAAAACUAAAGAAAAUAUUGAUUCAUCUCUGUCUUUUGAUAUUAAUAACAACUAUUUACCCAAGUAUCAAGGAUUAUCAAAAAUUUAUGACUAUGUUAUUGAAACUGAACGAUUCAUUAAAAGUAACAUACAAGAGAGUAUACUUAACAGUGAAUCAAAUGCACGCCAACAGACUGAUUUAGCCGUACAAAAUAUUUAUACUUUAGUAAGAAAUAAUAUGGAUCCAAAUUUCAUGGAAGAACGUCAAUUCGAUAGUAAUCGCAUGUUUAUGUGUCGAUACCAUUUAUCUGCUAAACAGUUUGAUGUACAUAUCCAUCUGUCUGAUCUAUACGCACCUUCUUGGGAAAAAUUUCUAGAAUACAUUGGAGUUCCAAUAUUACUCAAUCCUAUAAGUUUAAAUGAAAAUACUAAAACAACAAACAAAAAUAGUGAUCUAGAGAAACAAUUGGUGAAUAAACAAUUACAAAAAAACAACGAACUCGGUACUACUCAAAAUACCCUCACCACAGUUCUUGGUUUAACAUUAUAUCCAUUAACAAAAUAUAUGAAACAACCUUCACUAAUUUUCACUUCAAAACUACCCACAUUGGCUAUUUAUUCUUUUGGAGGUUCUCAGAUUGUGAAAGCUAUAGUAUGGAACGGGAUUCAAACUUUUUCAUUCAAAACUUUGACUCAUAUUGCAGGCUCUACUAUUGUGGUUAGUUGUUUGUUAGGUAUCUCAUAUUUAGUAUACGAUUUACCUAGAGCAUUACCAUUAAAUCUAGCAAAUAGAUACAAACAAAAACUGACAGAAUUAAAUUUUAGCCAUAUUAAUGCAAAACGUGUUUCUCAAGAAGUAGCUACAGUAUUAAAAGUUCCAACAAGAGAAAUUGUAAAGACAUGUGAAAUUGAAGUUAAUAAAAAAGAAUCUACUAAGUAUGAUUUAGAGGCUAAAAGAGAUAAGUACAGAAUAUCGCUUACUUUUUUUGAACACAUUCUAAAUGCUACAACCACCCAGAAGGCUGUUGUGGAGGGUCUAGAUCUAGAAGUUGAUUAA